AUGUAUGAACCCAAGCAAUGGGGGAAAAACUUACUGAAUUCCAGUUCCCUUCAAAUACAUAAAAGGAUCCGCAGUGGAGAGAAGCCCUAUAAAUGUAAGCUAUGUGAUAAGACCUUCCGACAUCCCAGUCACCUUCGAAUACAUGAACGAACUCACACUGGAGAGAAACCCUAUGAGUGUAAGAAGUGUGGCAGAAUGUUCACUUAUUCCCACUCAGUUCAAAGGCACAUGGCAACUCACAGUGGAGAGUGGAAUUACAAAUGCAAGGUGUGCGAUCAAGGUUUUUUUUAUCCUAGUUCUCUUCGAAUCCAUGAACUCACUCACAAUGGAGAGCAACCUUAUGAAUGUAAAGAGUGUGGUAAAACCUUUAAAUACGCUUCUUCCUUUCGAAACCAUGAAACCACUCACACAGGGAAGAAGCCUUAUAAAUGUGAGCAGUGUGGGAAAGGCUUCAGUUGUCUUACUUACUUUCGAAGUCACAUGAGAAACCAUGGUAAGCAGAAGAAGCCUUAUGACUGUCAGGAAUGUGGGAAAACAUUUGUCUGUUUCCACUACUUUCGAAAACACAUGCUCUUACACAGAACAGUGGAGAUGGACGGACUUAACAAAUGUAAGCAAUGUGGGCUAGCCUUCAGGCGUUCCAGUGCCUUGUAUAAACAUGAAAGGACUCAUAGUGGAGAAUAG